GUUGCCUUUGCUUUUACUGUGACCAUAGGCAAAAGUUUCUUCCAUAGACAGUUUUUUUGGUGGCAAGUCACACAUUUCUCACCAGGAGUACGGUUCAGUUAUUCGUCGAAGAAAAAAAGUUUUUCUUAGUACUUUUUUGUUUUUUUUCUAAAGCCAAGUUCGUCUCUGUGCGGCGUGGAAAAUUUUGUAUAGCUACAUUUGUUUUCGGGAGUGUCAUCAGUGAAAAAGUGUACUGAAAUACCUGCAUCGAGAAGUGCUCAAGUUUUCGCAAAAAAUCAUCCUGCCUGCUGUGUGAGAGGGUCUGCGAUUUUUAGCCGCAAUCAACGAAGUUGAGAAGAAGAAGAUGUGAUUUUCCUUACGGGCGCGAGUAGUUUUCUUUUCGUCUGCGUCUCAGUCAGUUUGAAUUAUCAGUGAAUUGUGCGAAUUAUUCUACAAAAACAAUCCAGCUGGGGAACAAAACUUGCCACUUUUGGUAGCCUGUAAAGCAAGGAUAAUAAGCUGAGCAUCAACUCCCUCGCAGAGAGCCGUGGCCGGGCAAGAGGGAAAAUCCAGGAGCUGUGCUGGUGGACGAUGCCAAUGUUGUCUCAAUUUCAAAUGAACUUUCGAGCAUUCCUGGUGCUGGCAUCAAAAAUAUGGACCUGUCUCUGUUAUAUGUUUAACCGGCAGGUUAGGGCGUUUGUACAGCAUCAACCGGUCAAAUAUGAACUGUUUCCCCUGUCACCGGUUUCCCGGCAUCGGCUCAGUAUGGUCCAGCGGAAAACCCUGGUGCUCGAUUUGGACGAAACACUGAUACACUCACACCACGAUGCGAUGCCACGGAACACCGUUAAACCCGGCACGCCGCACGACUUCACCGUCAAGGUCACCAUCGACCGGCACCCGGUGCGCUUCUUCGUCCACAAGCGACCCCACGUGGACUAUUUUCUGGAUAUUGUAUCGCAAUGGUACGAUCUAGUAGUCUUCACCGCCAGUAUGGAGAUUUACGGCGCAGCGGUCGCCGACAAGUUGGACAACGGACGAAAUAUUCUGAAAAGGCGUUAUUACCGGCAGCACUGUACGCCCGAUUUUGGCUCGUACACAAAAGAUCUGUCGGCGAUAUGCGGCGAUCUGAAUAGAAUAUUCAUAAUAGAUAAUUCGCCCGGUGCGUAUCGAUGUUUUCCAAACAAUGCAAUACCGAUCAAAUCCUGGUUCUCGGACCCGAUGGACAUUUGCUUACUGUCACUGUUACCUCUGUUAGACGCCCUAAGGUUCACCAACGACGUACGAUCAGUGCUAUCGCGAAAUCUACAUCUACACCGUUUAUGGUAGCAGAAUUUAAGUAAUGUUUUGUGGUGCGCUGUGAGACUUCUAAAAUCUUACAAAUAUUCAUUUAUUUUAUUCUAAUUUUUCAUCCUAAGAUGAAAGAGCAAAAUUCGUCGAUGAAAACACCUGAAAUAUAAGUAAAAAUAAUUAAACUACAAAUAGUAAACUAAAGAAAAAUGAAAACCUAUUAAUUUAAAUAAUAAUACUUAGUGUAUUUCGUAUUAUUGAUUAUUUGAUCGUUCGUACCAACAAACGUCGUCGUGCUCGUUUAUUAUUAUUAUUUUUGUUUUAAACAUUCAUUCAGUCAUGAAUUACGUUUAUAACUCACAUUAUGCAGUCGAUUCAAGAAGUCUUGUUUCCGUCAUGAAAAUCGAGUACAGUACAACUCGGAUCCUAAUUCUUCCGUUCUAGUAAUGGCAUUACAAAGAAAAUCGUUCGAAAUCUGAACGAUGAACAAGUAACAGCACGUUAAUGCUGGUUAAACAUAUAUGUGUCACUGACAUUGAUCGAUUAGCUUACUUGAUUGUUUGUUUGAAUAGCUAAGAACAAGUUGAAGACAAAUUUAUUUAUACGGAUGAUUGUACCAUUUCAUGAGUGUAUAAUAGAAACAAAAAAACAGUGAAUACUUAAGAACAACAAAAUGUGAGUAUUGAUAAGUUGAAUAUGGAAUGACUCAAACUAGAAUUGUAACGUUACCUUCUAUGUCUGAACAAAAUGAAAAAUAAAAAGGAUAAAGAUCUUUUGUAGUAGUUAAGUCAUCUUACAGACAUGGAACCACUCAUCAAUCGAUAACACUGAAAGCAAAUUCAUGUUAGUUCAAGUCCUCCGGAAUUUAAAAUCAAAGCAAACAACAACAUUUUUCAUGUAGAAAUUAUUUUUCUAUCCAUGUCAUCAUGUCGGGUAUAGCUCGAGUCAGUACUAUCGAUAGUUGUAGAUUCGUUUGCUGAAACCAAAUAAAACGAACUUAUUGAACAAUAUUGGUUGUGUCCGAAAGAAGCUAAAAGAGCUAACUCUUCCUCUUUCUGAAUUUGCAAUAAUAACGUCCUCGUCAUGACUUAGUCCUUCUGUUACUGAAUGAAAAAGUAUUGCAUAAUCUGUAUUAUCUUGUGAACUGUAAUUCCGUAAAUUUUUUCUCAGCUCUCGAGUUACAUUCAAUCCAAGAGGCUAUCAUUACUCGUAAAAACCGAAUCAACGAACUCUGACGAAAAAGCAUACAAAUUUAUUUAAAUUGAUUACUACUAUUUGCCAUAAACGUGAAACUGAUCAUUUCCAGUCCUAUAAAAGGUGGAGAGGACGAUUAGGUCUUUGGAAGUAUGUUUUUUACUAAUGGUUAAUGAUUGUCGUUAUUUUCUCUUCAUUAUUAGUUACGUUUAUUCCAACAUCUACAAUUCUUAUCGGUUUUAAACUGUUCUAACUUUUCUACUAAGAAAGUUGUUCGUCAGGGUUGGAACGGUUAAUUUAACAGCGGCGAAAUUUUUUGAUACUAGCAUUAGUGAAAAAUAAAUAAGUGCAAAUCAGUAAAGAGCUAUUUUGAAAAACAAUGUAAUCAUGGAAAACUAAAAAAAAUACAGAUAAAAGAAAGCUAUUUGUGUCAUCCAGGAUUCAAUGCAAAUAUGAAAACUUUUCUUGCAGCUGGAUAAAAAUCAUACACAGCGAACACAAACAAAUAAUGAAUUAUUCAACUACUACAACUACUGCUAAAAAGUAAUAGGUAUUAAUUUGUAAAUAUAGUUUGAUAGAAUGAUCAUCAGAAAACAAAUCCCAAAUAAAAAGCAGUAAAUGAACAACCUA